ACAAUUGUAAGAUUGAUAAUAUUUUUAGCAGUAUUAAUCACUUGAGGUGUGCCCAAUGUAACGAUUACAAUAUAAAAGCCGUUACAUGCAGGAUUAUAGACAUUAACGAGCAAAGCUUAAACUUAACAACAUGAAGUACCUAGUGAUUUUCAUCGCCGCCUUCGUCUGCGUACAAGCGCAUCACUUACCAUACAUAACAGUAUCGGGUUCGUGGGAAUCCAGCGAAGAGGAGUACAGCAUUCACCUGCCCGCCACUGGUCAACGGCCACUCAGCUUACCGGGUGUUGGCAUAAUCAGUCGUCCUUUGCUGCAAGCGGUGAAAGUAAAAGUGCCACGCUUCGUCAGUCCUGAAAUCAAACAGCAAAUUAUCACACAAACACUAGCGGCUAGAGGUAUAAGCCUGCAAAGCUUAGCUGCACAAACUCCGACUGUGGGAGUUGCCAACGUAGCCCAAACUGCAAAUGAGUUGCCGCGUCAACAGCGUCAAGUGGCCACUAAGGGUGCAACAGCAAGCACCGGUGCAGCCAUAAUUGAUACUCUAGCAGUGUCUGCUAAUCCCAUCGAAACCGGUAAACAGACAACGAUACCAAUUACACCAGAAGUACCCAAGCUUCCUAUUGUGCCACUGAUUAGAGAGUUGCCAACGCUUCCAGUGGAGCCAGUGGUACCACAGCUGCAAAUACAACCCUUGGCGACAGCGGUUCCCGAUGUAGUGAGCGCAACCAACGCCCCCGCGGUGGUCGCUGUGCCUGUCUGAAAAUAAUUAAUAUUAUUUUUAUUAUUACUUAAUUAUUAUUUCAUACAAAAUUUAAACCCGUCAAGAAAUUGUUGUAAUUUUUUUAAAGUAUUAUGAAAAAUAAAGCAUAUUAACUUUUUUCAAA